GUCCCUAGUCGGCUCACGGUACAUUCGUGUGGAAUUCCACCUUCAUAGAAGACACCUAAUUGGUGAUGAUGGACGGGAGCAGUAAGCCAGAGGCGAUGUGCCGCGUGUGUGGCGAUAAGGCUUCAGGAAAGCACUACGGAGUACCGUCCUGCGACGGGUGCAGGGGCUUCUUCAAACGAAGCAUACGACGAAACUUAGACUACGUGUGUAAAGAGAGUGGGCGCUGUAUUGUGGACGUCACCCGUCGGAACCAGUGCCAGGCUUGCCGCUUCUCCAAGUGCCUGCGGGUUAACAUGAAAAAAGACGCUGUGCAGCACGAGCGCGCGCCCCGGCCGGUCGCCACCCAACACCAGCUGACCCUACAUAAGCUAGGAUACAACUUCGGUCGCCAGACGAACUUCUUUCCCCCUUCCACCCCCCUAACUCUCGCUUCCUUACCGCAACUGAACACUUAUAGCAGCGUUACCCCUGCGCCGCCCGACCUUGCCAUGCCCACUUCGUUUUUAGACGCAUCCUUUCAAGAUUUCUCGAGACUUCCUGAAGCGAUACCGUCCGAACUUCCGCAGUUAAGUCCGUUCUUUAGCACUCAACCCAGCUCACUGAGCUCUUUAAAUCCGUUCAAAAUUCCGCUUUUCCCGAGUCAGUUGCAUUACCCUAUCCCGCAUAGUGGUUAUUUCCCUGCAAACAUAUUCUAUCCUCCGGUAAUCUCAACCGAAAGAUCGAUGACGCCUCCGGGAUCUACCAAUAACCAUGAGAUUAAUUCUCCUAAAUUUAAAACAUCCUUACCGAAUCCAACCUCAGAAAAGCCGGACUCACAACUACCGGACAAAAUCAAGGAAGAUGAAGUCUCAAGUUCGGAAGAAGCAUUUAAAUCAAAUCGAUUCUUGGCGAAUGUCGACAAGGAAGAUACCAGGAACCCGGCCCCAUGUUCCCCGAACAACUGCGAGCCUCCGGUGAUCCAUGUCGUAUCAAAACUAGGAGAAACCCGCGUGCACCUAGACUCCACUAGAGCAGAGAACAUUUCAGUGGAACGUAUUAUAAAAGAACAAGAGAAGUGUGCACGGCAAGAGAGUAAAGUUCAGAAGUCGAGGAUCCAUCUCGAUAGUAGCCUAACUUUGUCAGGAGAACAGAUCCACGAUCCGGCAGCGAAGCUGCUUGUAGCCUCAAUCAAAUGGCUCCAUGGAGUGCCAUCGUUUACGCAACUUAAGACUUCGGAGCAAAUUCCUCUGUUACACCAUAAUUGGCGAGAACUCUUUCUUAUCGCAGCUGCACAGUACUCCUACUACUUCGAUGAGGAAGAUAUGCAUUUACCAACACAUGCUACAAGAACGGCCAACCCAAAAGCGGAGUUCAAAAAACUAACAGCCCUUAUAAAAAGAAUAGCCCAGUGCAGAUUAGAUAAAUCAGAAUACGACUGGUUAAAAUCGGCGCUGCUAUAUAGAAACGAUUGCGUCGAGGGCCCCACCUCGUCGCAGCUGGAGCUUCUGCAAGACCACACGUUGCUGCUACUGCAGGGCCACUGCGCCAGGAAGGACUCCGCCCGCUUCGGCCGGCUGAUGCUGUUGCUGCCCAGCAUAUGCUGCCUGUCCAACCACGGCUUCCUUGAAGACCUACUCUUCCCUGACACGUCCACUGACGCUAUUCACUCUACUCUUACUCGUAUUCUAAUGUACACGUCAAUAUAAUAGUGCUACUUAUUUGGUAUGCAACCAUUUUGGUUUACUGUAAAUAACUAUUGGAUCUAUGUUUAUUGUGAUUUAUUUUCGCAAUCAAAGGGUAAUUUUGUAAAUAUAAGAAGUAGGUAUGAAAAGGCCCUAAAAGUGUUGACAGAGAUUCGAUUGUUAAACUGAUUUCGAAUAAGUCUACUGGUCGAGUAAACCUUCUUACUAAGUAAAAACUCCCGGAGUUUUGUACAGCCAGAAACGUGAAAUAUGUUAAGGUCUCUAAGGGCGCGGCCACAUUGGCGGUUUGCGAGCACGCUCUCGGCGAUAUCGCUGCGCGCUCGCCUCGCUUUCUACUCGCUCGCAAAUCGCCAGUGUGGCCGCACCCUAAGGGCUCUAGAUAAACGUUACGAGGAUUAGGGACUUAGUUUUAUAUUAAUUUUGCAGUAAGUAAGCUCAAUCGAAAUGCGUGAUUGUUUUUUUCUAGUCAAUAUUCAAAAAACAUGUUCUAGUUAAGUAUGUAAUACAUAAGGACAACCUAUUACUUCAAUAUAUUUAUUAAAUCAU